GAUGUGUGGCUGUGCAGUGUUUUGGUGGUUCUAGAUAGCUACAAUUUCAAUACAAUUGUUCCGAUAUUUACGAAUUUGCAUAUGUACUUACAGCUCAUCACUUGCUAAAAAUCUGGGUAUUUCAAGAGUGACUUUUUCCCAAUCAGUGAACGAAUCAGUUAUACAACGUGGGUGUCAAAUUAUAUCGAUCUAACUUCAACCAGUUUUUUUUGGAAGUUUGUUCUCAAAAUGGACAGCGUCAAAGAACCUAGGAGCACAUCUCCUCAGUGCCCAAAACCGAACGAGUCUGAAGAACCCCAAGGUACUGCGGUGGAGAAUACCAUCUUUCGGAACGAUACUGCUAAUAUGAACGUGAAAGAUGAAGUCGAAGAACUUGCUGUCUCAACGAAAGAAGAAACAUUGGAAGUUGUUAUUACCAAGGCAAUGGAGGAGGAAGAAAGGCAGCUUAUGGAAGAAGGCGAGAGAAAGGAGAGGGAGUUGAUGAAAAAGGCCCAGGAGAAGAUGGGGAAAGAAAGUCAGGAAAUGCGCUUCAAGCGACUUCAGCAUUUGUUGGAGAAGAGCAACAUCUACUCCAAAUUCCUGCUGACCAAGAUGGAGCAACAGCAGCAGGAGGAAAAGAUAAAACGAGAGAGACUGGAGAAGAAGGCCGCAGCUGCUCCAGAGAAGGGUGGCAAGAAAAAGAACGAAAGGGUGGACAGGAAGAAACGAGAACGGGAGGAAGACUACAAAAUCGCCGAUGUCAUUUCCAAAGAGGAAAUUAUGUCAAAGGCCAAAAAACAAAAAACUGAGAAUCAGGACGGCAGUACUAGCCAGAGUACCGUUGAAGACUUGGAGAGGAUCAGCGACUCCAACUCCACCAUCAGAGGCCGCCUGUCCGAGGCGAUGCGGGACAAUGCCAGGCACAUGCUGGACCCGGAGAGGACCUUUGAGGGGCAGCCGAUUCCCGCCCAGCAGCCCGGGCUCUUCACCGGCGGGCUCAUGAGAUGGUACCAGGUGGAGGGCAUUGAGUGGCUGCGGAUGCUGUGGGAGAACGGGAUCAAUGGCAUCCUCGCAGACGAGAUGGGCCUGGGGAAGACCAUCCAGUGCAUCGCCCACGUGGCCAUGAUGCUGGAGCGGAAGGUGGAGGGGCCCUUCCUGGUGGUGGGGCCCCUGUCCACGCUGCCCAACUGGAUCAGCGAGUUCAAGCGCUUCACUCCGCAGGUUUCUGUGGUGCUGUACCAUGGGAGCCAGGCGGAGAGGGUGGCUCUCAUUCCGGAGAUCCGCAAACGGCAGGGGCCUCUGCACAUGAGCCCGGUGGUCGUCACAUCCUACGAGAUGGCCAUGAUAGACCGCAAAUAUCUGCAGCGUUUCCACUGGAAGUACCUGAUCGUGGACGAGGGCCACAGGAUAAAGAACAUGAACUGCCGCCUGGUUCGAGAGCUGAAGUCCCUGCCCGCUGACAACAAGCUCCUGCUGACUGGCACCCCCCUGCAGAACAACUUGGCCGAGCUCUGGUCCCUGCUCAACUUCCUGCUGCCCGACGUCUUCGACGACCUCAAGAGCUUUGAGUCCUGGUUCGAUAUCAGCACCAUCAGCUCUGCUGAAAAUAUCGUCGCAAAAGAACGAGAGCAGAACGUCUUGCACAUGCUUCACCAGAUCCUGACCCCCUUCCUGCUGAGGCGACUGAAGUCUGAUGUCACUUUAGAAGUGCCCCCGAAGAAGGAGAUUGUCGUUUUCGCCCCACUGACCCCAAAACAAGAGUCCUUCUACACUGCCGUGGUCAACAGGACCAUCAGCAAGAUGCUGGGGCAGGACAAGGAUGAUGGUCGUCCGGUGGAGUACACGUCCAGCGGGAGGCCCAAGCGCCGGGCCUCCAGGGCGGUGAACUACACGGAGCCCACCGGCGACUCCUAUCGGGACCUGGAGAAGUACCUGGAGAAAGUUCUGCAAGAGUCCAAGAACCGGCAGGAGGAAAGUACCCCUGUUGUCAAUGUGCGCACCAACCUGGACACCCAGAUCAACCUCAAGCUGCAGAACAUUCUGAUGCUCCUGAGGAAGUGCUGUAACCACCCCUACCUUAUUGAGUACCCGCUGGACCCCGCCACACAGGACUUCCUGAUUGAUGAGAAGUUGGUGGAGGCAUCCGGGAAGUUCCUGGUGCUGGACCGGAUGCUCCCAGAGCUACGGAAGAGAGGUCACAAGGUGCUGAUUUUUAGCCAGAUGACCUCCGUCUUGGACCUCCUCAUGGACUACUGCUACCUGCGGAGCUACAGGUACAGCCGGCUGGACGGGAGCAUGACGUACGCGGACAGAGAGAAGAAUAUGAAGGACUUCUCCUCGGACAAAGACGUCUUCCUCUUCCUCCUCAGCACUCGAGCUGGGGGCCUGGGCAUCAACCUGACCGCUGCUGACACGGUCAUAAUCUUCGACAGCGAUUGGAACCCUCAAGCGGACCUCCAGGCCCAGGACCGGUGUCACCGAAUCGGGCAGACCAAGCCCGUGAUGGUGUACCGCCUCAUCACCGCCAACACCAUCGACCAGAAAAUCCUGGACAAGGCCUCUGCCAAGAGGAAACUGGAGAAGAUGAUCAUUCACAAAAAUAAAUUCAAGGGAGGAAAGGCUCAGCUGCUGGAGCAGUCUGGGAGCUGCAUGGACCUCACUGAGCUGAUGGAGCUCCUGAAAUCUAGAGAUUAUGAAAAAGUGAAAGGUGGCAGUGGAAAGGUGAUCAGCGACCGGGACCUGGAGUUCCUGCUGGACCGCAGUGUCCUGCUGGAUCAAGCCAAAAAGAGUCGCAGGCAGGAGAAGGACGGGGUCUUCCGGGUGCUCGAGGGCAAAGAGUCUUCUGACAUCAGCCUUAGCUGAAGCAGACGAAGCAGCUCUGUGAAAGAAACGUGUUUCCAGGGGGAUGGCCCUGCUGUAUCUUGGGGAGUAGAUUUGGAGGCCAGAAGAGUCUUGCAUGGUCGGCACUGGAGUUGAGUUUUUCGAAAAAAACUUUGGAAGAAAUGUAUUGCUCCUUGCAAUGAUCCACCUGCUUUUCAUCACCCGUGUAUGUGAUUUUUUUUUAUUUUUUACGUACAUUAGUGUUUCAGGAUUAUUAUUUUUCCUAGUAAUCACACAAGAUCUGCAGUAUCCAUUACACGGGGCCAACACUGUAGGUUUGUAUCGGAGUCGCUGCUUCCUGUUGGAAGUGGUUCUCGAGUAGCUGUACGGGAAAUGCCACUUUAUGCAUCUGACAGUAGAUUUUGUAAAUAAACAAAUCUUGGUUUUAGUUCUCUUACUCGUACCUAUACAUGUUUUCACCAGUCUUCGGGGAAAAAGUUAAAAGAACUGGUGUCUCCAUGGGCCUUGAUACACCUUAAUACCUUGAUACACCUCUUAUCCUUUUUAUUUUAAAAUAAGGAAACUAUGCGGAAAAGACCUUGACUUGUGUUUGUUUCUAUGCCUUACUGUUGUCACUUUUAAAACAUUAAUAAAUACUGUAAGCUCA